AUGGGCAGGUUUGAUAUAGAACCCAGUCUCUGCAAGCAGAAGGAGCAACCAUGGAUCUGGCUAGAAGAACAGAAGGCUGCAUUUGACACAAUCAAGGCUGAGAUUUGCAAGGAGCCUGUUCUAGCUCACCCUGAUGAAUCCAAACCUUACACCUUGGAAACAGACACUUCUGGAGCAGCCAUGGGCGCUGUACUAUCUCAGAGAAAGGAAGAUGGUUGUCUACAUCCUGUUGCAUUCAUGUCAGCCAGCUUUUCACCUGCUGAGCUGAACUAUGACACGCAUGAUAAGGAGCUACUUGCCAUCAUUUGUGCAUUUGAGCACUGGAGAAUCUUUCUGGAAGGAACUGAGCAGCCUAUCACUGUGUUUACUGAUCACAAGAAUCUGGAGUACUGGAAAUCAGCUAGAACCUUCAACAGGCAUAAUGCGCGCUGGCAUCUCAUGCUGGCGUCUUACAACUUUGUCAUUGCUUAUUGUUGUACACCACUGUAA